AUGAGCCCAAACACUGUGGGAGCGAAAUAUGUUCGCAACGACGGUAACUACUUCGCAUGGGAAUUUAAUGCGCGGAUGAAGCUUGCCAAGAAAGGGCUGCUGAAUCACAUUGACGCGACGAAGGCACCGAGAGGAUAUGACGCUAAUGCGUCAUUUUAUAAAGUCAACGACAUACAGGCUUUUGCAAACGUUUGCACGAUGAUCAGCCCAAGCCUUCAGUCCAUGGUUCGGGAUGCAGCGACGACUGCAGAAGCGUGGGGGUUCUAA